AUGAAGAUGUCAUUGAUUCGGCCUCUCAUUACGAGGCGAGGAAUCAGUUCCAGCUCUGAGAAAAUGGUUGCCUCCGUUCUGUUUGAGAGAUUGCCUGUGGUCAUUCCCAAAAUUGACCCUGUUGUUUAUGCUUUUCAAGAAUUCUCGUUUCGAUGGCGACAACAAUAUCAACGCAGAUAUCCUGAUGAAUUUCUAGACAGAUCUGACGCAAGGGGGAAAGGUGAUUAUCAAAUUGAUUAUGUGCCAGCACCACGAAUCACUGAAGCAGACAAAAACAAAGAUCUAAGGUCACUACAAAGAGCUCUUGACAAAAGACUCUACCUUCUUCUCUAUGGAAAUGCUUAUGGGGCUCCAAGCGGAAAGCCCGUGUGGCAUUUUCCAGAGAAAGUAUAUGAGUCAGAGGAAACCAUGCGUAAGUGUGCAGAAUCUGCAUUGAAAUCAGUCCUAGGAGAUCUUUCCAAUACAUAUUUUGUCGGAAAUGCUCCAAUGGCCCAUAUGGUUGUUCAGCCUAAAGAAGAGGAGUCAGGAUCCACACCUUUUAAGAAAUUCUUCUUCAAGUCACAAGUAAUUGCAAAAAACAAGUUUGACAUUGGACAAUGCGAGAAAUAUGUUUGGGUGACGAAGGAUGAGUUGAUGGAGUAUUUUCCUGAGCAAGCUGAGUUUUUUAACAAAAUGAUCAUUAGCUGA